GGCCCACUCCUGCCCCGGUGACGCUGGUGGACAGGCCGUCGUGACACGUUAACUGUGUGUAUGUGAGCCAAGUACACCUACUGGAUGUAAACCACUUGUCUCACCGACCCCACACAGACACUCAAGACGUCAAGGUGUUGAGAGAACAUACCAAGUGUUGCGGUGUUUAGCAGGAGACAGUUUAGUGUUGCGUAGCCUCACAGAACACACCUACAGUAGUGCCGUGUAAACUUGCAGGAUUCAAGUGUUGGGUAGCUUGACGAAAGGCCUUUAUUGUUGCAUAACCUUGUAGGACACACCCAUUGUUGCCUGACCUGGCAGGACACACCAGGUGUUGCGUAGCCUCAUAGGAGGCGACGCCAAGAUGAAGUUGUUGGUGGUGACACUGCUGCUGACUGCCGCCGUCCACGCAGUCUGCUCCCAGGAGCAAGAGGACAUUGAAGAGUACGACUCCCUGUAUAACCACCCUGCAUACAACGACCGUGACUCUGACGUGCGAGACUACGACAGACCUUACAACAGCGACCGUAGUUAUAGUCGUCGUAACUAUGGUAGGCAUAGUAAUCGUACCUAUGGUAGCGUCAGGGAAGAAAAUCCCAGCUCUGAUAACCUCAAUUAUGGCGGUGUAGCCCGAGGAAGUUCCAGCUAUGACACUCGUAGAGCCCAGAGCCAAGGACAUGGCAGUUCCAGCUAUGGCAGCCGUAGAGCCCAGAGCCAAGGACAUGGCAGUUCCAGCUAUGACAGCCGUAGAGCCCAGAGCCAAGGACAUGGCAGUUCCAGCUAUGGCAGCCGUAGAGCCCAGAGCCAAGGACAUGGCAGUUCCAGCUAUGGACAGCCGUAG